AAUCUAAUCUUUAUUAUCUCGCCAUAUCUAAAAUUUUUUUUUGGGCAUGUAAUGAAGCACAUGAAGUUAAAAAUAAUAAUAAAAAUUGCAAUCUCGCCAUCUUUUCAAUUAAAAUUUAUUAAUCUCCGAAUUUGUUGUGGGCAUGUAAUGCAGCACAUGAAGUUAAAAUGUAAUAAUAAAAAUUGCAAUCUCGCCAGCUUUUCAAUUAAAAUUUUUGAAUCUCGAAAUUUGUUGUGGGCAGGAAAAGGAGGUUCACUUCCCCUUCGAUCGGUGUUCGAUGCAAAUGGUGAGACGUGUCCCGGUGCGCCUCCUCAAGGCUUCAAGGUCCAGAGCCCAAAGGCGCUUCGAGGAGUCCCGGACGCACCCGCUCUUCGCGCGACGAUGUCCCCGUUCUCCCAGGGCCUCGGCCUCGGCCCCACCCCGGGAAUGUCCGUUGGGCCCUCAAUUGGGUCGCGCUGAUCCAGGAUGUAGUUUGUCUCUUGCCCGCCGUAGUAGCUCGUCCGCUGCCUGCAGCCACUCUCAACCUUACGCAGUUCAGACUCCCGUUUCCCUUCCUCGCGAGCGAACUGGUGACACGGUGGGUGACGACGCUGUACCUCACACGGAACAACUCUUGGGACGGAUCAACUAAAUCCCAAAGCCACCCCCGGGUACAGUGCCGUACAGAGUCUACUGCUACAGACGUGCAACGAGGACGUUGCGCCUGUAGACGGCAGUCGGACGGUUACGCUGCCUUUUCAAUUUUCAAAAGUGGAAAGGUGUUCGACGGAGGAGCCGGGCAGGAGUCCCGUCGGUCCCGUCGUCAGGGAACGGACGCGAAGUCUGGAUUAGGGUUCCGGAUGCUUCUCGUAGAUCGACGCCGUGAGACGAUCAGACUGCGAGUGUCAUCGAGGAAAUUGACGAGCAGCAGUUGGUCUGCUGCUCGUUGUUUGUAGGGACGAAUUUCUGUGCGAUGCGGAGUGAAGGUCCAGAUUUGCAGACGCGAUUGACUUGCGGCCUGCCCAUGGCGGGUGGUUGAACGUGGCAGAUCUGGAGUACAUCUUUCAUCUUUUCGAGCAUCGUUGUAAUGACCAUCUUCUUCUAUCCCGAGAAACGAAAGCUCGGUCUUUCUUCCAUGGUCCUGCUGUAACCCCGGCAGGGACUUUGAUGCAAUGGCUCUUCGUGAAGCUCGCUGAUCUUCUCCACCAAAAUCGUUCGGCGUUUCCUGUUCAAAGACAAAAGCUGCUUUCUGCUGAUGACGUACGACACAAGGACAACACAACUUGCGAGUUGUGGAGACACUUCAUUACAUUUAUGCGGAGAGAGGUGGUUCACAUUCACCGGCUCGGUACGAGAGCACAAGUCAGAACUUCGGCUGACUUUAUCCACUGCCUCUGCGAAGUCUGGUCUGUACUGUGGUUGGUUGCCACGGCGGAUCUUUCGCGUUCUUUAGCUUCCGCAUAGCGGAGAGAACUUACGCUAGGACUCUGAGAGAGUUCUUCGGCCUUCCCAGAUGCGUGACUGUGUUGCCUGUCAAGUGUUGUCCUUUUUCCCGACACUCGUUAUUUGUGAGGGCACGAGUUGGUGGUUGGCCUGUGCAAGUCCGAUCUCUUGUUCUUCGUCCAUGUUCAAUAGCUUCACAGGUUCCUCUUGCUGUUCCGACUUUUGACAUAACAGAGGACUACGGAAAAUUUGGUGGAAUUUCGUGUCAUUGUGCACUACCCAAACGGUCUUCAGGCGAAGUAAAAAAUACGCAUUCUCGCACCCUAACCAUACUCAGAUCUCGACACACAAAUGUUCUUGCUCUAUUGCCGAAAUAGAAAUAUUCUUGCUCUAUUGCUAUAUUUGAAAUGGUUGAUAACUGAAAUUUCAUAAUAUGAAAUUCAGUUAUCAAUCAUUCAAAAUCAUAAGCAUACACUCUCAUAUUUAUUUUAAAAAAUAAAGCGGUCUUUACGAUAGAGCUCACUUGGAG